AUGGCUCCCAAAAAAGGAAAGACUAAAAAAGAGGCUGCUAAUGAUGCGGCUUCUGACGGCACAGCAAUGAUCCUUGAUUAUCUUCGUAGACAGAAUCGACCAUACUCGGCUAUUGAUGUCUCGACGAACCUGCACAAUAAGUCUCCAGCAUACGCCGUCAAGGCUCUCCGAGACCUACACCAGAAAAAGGAGAUUGAGUGUCGCGUAGCUGGGAAACAAACCGUCUACCACGCGACGCAAGAAGAAUCCGACGAGACCAGCGCCGACGCAAUAGCCGCCAUGGACGAAGAGAUCCAGAGACUCCAGGAAGAACUCCCCGGACUCAAAGAGGAGGAAAAGAAAGUGCAGGCAGAGUUGAGCUCUCUCAACGCUGUGCCCCUGCUCUCUGAGCUCCGUACCGAGCUCGAGAAGCUCGAGAGUGAAAAGGAAUCACUUGCUGCGAGUUUGGCCAAAGUUCAUGGAGAUGGCGAAGCCAAUGGCUCCCCACAGGAGACGGAGGCCGUGAGAAAAGACUGGAAGCUCUGGCAGGUUCAGGCAAGGGUUCGUGAGAGGAUCUGCCGGGAUCUUUGGCUAAAGUGUUCUGAGACCUUGCCGGAGGGCACGACUCGGGAGGAGCUAUGGGAGCGGUUGGGUCUCGAGGGCAGUCCGCUUUAG